AUGAGUGGAAAAAGAUCAGGGAAGCCCUCUGAUUUACGCAUCAUUCUGGUGGGUAAAACUGGGGCAGGAAAGAGUGCAACAGGAAACACCAUCCUUGGGAAAAAAGCUUUUAAAGUGGAUGCGUCCCCUGAGAUGGUUACACAGACGUGCGAAAAAAAUGAAGCGGAGAUUGGAGAAAGGAAAAUAUCUGUGAUCGACACUCCGGACUUCUCUGGAUUAUGUGGGAACGACGAAGCAGGAGGUCAGUUAGAAACAUGUAUCAGCUUGUCAGCUCCUGGACCCCAUGUGUUCCUCCUGGUCGUUAAGCUAGGGCGGUUUACAGCAGAGGAGAAAUCUGCUGUGAAGUGGAUUCAGGAGACGUUUGGUGAAGAUUCAUCACUCUACACGAUCGUGCUGUUCACCAACGCAGACCAGCUGAAUAAUAAACCCCUGUAUCAGUUUAUUAACAAAAGUAAAGAUCUUCUGAAAAUCAUUGACCAUUGUGGAAAUCGAUAUCAUGCUUUCAACAAUGAGGAUGAAUCAAACUCCUCUCAGGUCACAAAACUGUUGGAGAUGAUUGAUGCCAUGGUUGAAGUGAAUGGAGGACAGCACUACACUAAUGAGAUGUUUAAAGCUGCACAGGAGGAAAUUGAACGACAGAGGAAGGUCAAAUUAGCCAAGGAGGCAGCACUCGGGGUGGUGACAGCUGUAGGUGCAGCCGGAGCAGUGGUAGGAGGGGUGGCUUUAGCUGCGACAAGUCUGGUCUUAGUACCAGCUGUAGGAAUUGCAGCAGGAGCAGCAGUUGGAGCAGGAGCUGGUAUACCUCUCAUUGUGAAAAAGGUCAAAGAAAAGAAAAAAAAUGAUGCAGAUUAG